AUGGCUUGGUCAUAUACUGAACAGGACGAGCCCACGAAGGAGGGAAUGCUCGUAUACGAUUCUCUCUCUAACAGAGGCGAGAGUGUUCGAAGCUCAUUGCUUCCUGUGUGGCGAAUGCAGUUCAAGUUCCUUACCAUGUUCCAGAGAGCUUUGAGGUACAAAGGGCCAGAAUGCCUAUCUGUGGAACACCGAAGACAUGCGCUUUAA